AUGGAUAAUCAGGUUGGUGAUGGGGAAAACCGAAUUGUACAUUACAGCUACAACCUCACAACGGAAAAUGAGCAGAAACAGAGACCGAAAUCAUCCGGCAAAGGUUUAUUUAGCAGAUUGACAAGAAAUAGUGCCAUGUUUGGAUCUGAUAGCACCCUUAAUGCGCUCUACCAAGCGGACGACGGGAUGAAAAGAAGUAGAAGCAUUCCUAAUUUUGGGCGAAACAUUCUGGGAGGGAACGAUUUAAAGGAAAGUCCCGAUUCCCCGAAACCUAAGAAUGCGUUUGCCUUCGGUGAGGAAAUGCCGGGCUUUUCAACGGAAACAAUUACGCAGAAUCCCGCAAAGACGGGUAAUAGUUCACAAGAGCUUCGUUCACGCAAGUGUGGGCUUGGUGAUCUAACAAACCGAGGAAUCAUGAGUCACAAACUCAGAAAGAAAGCAGUCUGUGACUCCUCUGACAAUUUGCAUUAUCAAAGACAAUUUCUUCGAGUUUUAAACAAGAGAUUUUAA